AUGUUGCUGAAAAUUCGGUUUGGCAGGAGGAUGGGUGGGGAGUUGGCACAAGAAGGGCAGAAGUACUUGGGGUGCAUUGAAGUUCUGCGCUCAAUGAGGUCUCUUGACUUCAGUACAAGAACACAAAUUACCAGGGAAGCCAUCAGCCGUGUCUGUGAAGCUGUCCCUGGUGCCAAGGGAGCCUUCAAGAAGAGAAAGCCUCCGAGCAAAAUGCUGUCCAGCAUCUUGGGAAAGAGCAACCUCCAGUUUGCGGGAAUGAGCAUCUCUCUGACCAUCUCCACGGCCAGUCUGAACCUGCGAACUCCGGACUCCAAACAGAUCAUAGCGAAUCACCACAUGCGGUCCAUCUCCUUCGCCUCUGGGGGAGACCCGGACACAACUGACUAUGUUGCAUAUGUGGCUAAGGACCCUGUUAAUCGCAGAGCUUGUCACAUUUUGGAAUGCUGUGAUGGGCUGGCCCAGGAUGUCAUCGGCUCCAUAGGACAAGCCUUUGAGCUCCGGUUUAAGCAAUAUUUACAGUGUCCUACCAAGAUUCCCGCUCUCCAUGAUCGAAUGCAGAGUCUGGAUGAGCCAUGGACAGAAGAGGAGGGAGAAGGCUCAGACCACCCGUACUACAACAGCAUCCCAAGCAAGAUGCCUCCUCCAGGGGGCUUUCUUGAUGCUCGACUGAAACCCAGACCCCAUGCUCCUGACACUGCACAGUUUGCAGGAAAAGAGCAGACUUAUUACCAGGGAAGACACUUAGGAGACACCUUUGGCGAAGACUGGCAGCAAACACCUUUCAGGCAAAAUGAGAGACAAGGGUCGUUGGAAAUCUACAGCAUGCCAGAAGGGAAACUGCACGUGGCCCCCACAGGAGAAGCACCCACCUACGUCAACACCCAGCAGAUCCCAGCGCAGGCCUGGCCGACUGCGGUCAGCAGCGCUGAGAGCAGCCCGAGGAAAGACCUCUUUGACAUGAAACCUUUUGAAGAUGCUCUCAAGAACCAGCCCUUGGGGCCCGUGUUAAGCAAGGCAGCCUCCGUGGAGUGCAUCAGCCCUGUGUCACCCAGAGCCCCGGAUGCCAAGAUGCUGGAGGACCUGCAAGCUGAGACUUGGUACCAAGGAGAGAUGAGCAGGAAGGAGGCAGAGGGGCUGCUGGAGAAAGACGGAGACUUCCUGGUCAGGAAGAGCACCACCAACCCGGGCUCCUUUGUCCUCACGGGCAUGCACAAUGGCCAGGCCAAGCACCUGCUGCUCGUGGACCCGGAAGGCACGAUCCGGACGAAGGACAGAGUCUUUGACAGUAUCAGCCACCUCAUCAACCACCACCUAGAGAGCAGCCUGCCCAUCGUCUCUGCGGGGAGUGAGCUGUGCCUCCAGCAGCCAGUGGAGAGGAAGCAGUGACCCAGCCAGCGCUGCUCCCAGCACUGUGCACCAGGUCAGGAGGACCUGGAGUGGACUGGAAUCGGGGCUGCAGGAACUGGGACAGCUGCCUAUGGCUCAGAGCCUUCUUCAAAAGCUUCAAAAGGAAGGCUUCCUUUAAGGUCAAGUUUCAUAAACUUGGUUCUGAAUUUCUCAUAUGCAUAUUAAAGGUGUACAUACCUAUACAUCCUGUACAAAGUAUCCCUCUAUAUUUAUAUUUUUUAAGACUAAGAAAGAUGUAAGACUAAUGUUCUGUGCUGUAUGUUUUUAAUGAAAAAAAAAAUAAGUUUGACUGUA